GCCCCUCACUCGCGCGAACAAGCGAGCGAGUAUUCUCCCAAAACCACCACCUCAGCAGAUGUUUUCUCCGGGCUUAUGACACCAGUGCCAGGCCUAGAGUCAUGGCUGAACGAGCGCUCUUUAUCCAAGUACCUGCAGUCAAUCAUGUUCUGGUGCCACGAGAAGGGGGUCUCCAACUUACAGGAAAUCCUGCCCCACCUGGACGAGCUCUCAGACGACCUGUCCAUGAAGACCUUCGAGAAGCAGCGUCUUUUCCAGGGUCCACCACGGCUUGGCUUGAUGGGCAGGGUGGAUGAAGCAGCUGAAGACGGUGCGUGGUCGGAUUACGGGCAAGACACUCCUGAGUAUAGUGAUGGCCAAGACUACUAUGCCUAUUCAGAUUCGGGCGGCCAGGACUCUCCGUGGGGUUAUGAGGUGUCUCCAGAGGAUUAUUAUGAUGAAGGAUGGGAUAGCGGUUGA